CUAAACACUGCUAGCGUCUAGUGAGCUGAACCCUUGUGAGAUUCACUAAUUAGAACUAUGAGAUAAUAAUACCAGUCACACAUAUAAACCUUUUCAGAAUAUAUUUAGUCAUACGAUCCACUGUUUUGGCUAGAUUUCUUUCUAUCAGUUUUUUCCUCUGGUUUCUCAUGGCCCUGAGGCUAAAGCGAAGGCGAGAACUGAGCAGAUUGAGGACUGAGGAGAGCAGAGCACGCUGGAGAUCGACUGUUAUCACCGUGUGCUGUGUGCUAGUCAUACUAGCGACCUUGAUAGUGGGGUUGUAUUUUACUGUUAAGAUCGUGAACAGCAAGUUUUUCUUCUGCUCUGGGUCACUGAGGUUCAUUUCAAUAGAAAAGGCAUGUGAUGGAAAGGCUAACUGUGCAGACGGUGAGGAUGAAAUCACAUGUGUAUCCAAACUGCGGACCAAUGAGACGUAUCCAGUGAGGCUGAUGGGGGACAGACUGGUCCUGCAGGUGUUCAAUAAUGAGGGUGGAUGGAGAACAGUGUGUGCUGAUAACUGGAGGACGAGGCACACGCGGUUAGCCUGUCAACAACUGGGCUAUACAGUGAGUCCACGAAGUACACGAGUCCCAGUAAAGAGUCUGCUCUUCAACCCUCAAAAUGCAUUCGCUACAGUCAGCAAAAACGCCACACACCCUGACAUCCAGAGUUUCCUCUCAGUCAGUGACAGAUGUUUCUCUGGCUCAGUGGUGUCUGUGUCCUGCUCAGACUGUGGAGAGGUGGUGGGAGAGGACCGUAUUGUUGGUGGGGUGGACACAGCAGUCGAACACUGGCCGUGGCAGGUUAGUCUUCAGUGGAACCACCAGCAUGUUUGUGGAGGAGCAUUACUGUCCAAGCGCUGGGUCAUAUCAGCUGCUCACUGUUUCACAGGCCGGACACGAGAGCUGAGUCAGUGGACCUUGGUGUUGGGUCAGACUGAAGUGGCGGGAUCCAGGGGUGUCAGCGUAGAGACGAUUGUUGUCCACAAUAACUACAGUCACUUGAGUAAUGACUUUGACAUCGCCAUGCUAAAACUCACUUGGCCUGUCACUGUUGGAGACUCAAUCUUGCCAGUUUGUUUACCCCCACACCAGCUGUCUGUGAAGGAGAUGCUUGUGGUGACUGGGUGGGGUUUGCUUAAGGAGAAAGGUGAGCUGCCCUCUGUGCUGCAGAAAGCUUCAGUGCCCCUGAUUAACAGGUCAGAGUGUUCCAAGCCCUCCAUUUACGGUUCCGCCAUAACUCCCAGAAUGCUUUGUGCGGGAUUCCUCAAAGGAAACAUAGAUGCGUGUCAGGGGGACAGUGGUGGUCCGCUAGUGUACCUUUCAUCUCGUUGGCAGUUAAUGGGUAUAGUGAGUUGGGGAGUGGGCUGUGCACGGGAGGGAAAACCUGGAGUUUACACUGAUGUUAGUCAGCUUCUCAACUGGAUUUACACUGUAAUGGAGAGACAGGCAUGAGAAGGUGAACCAUGGACGCAUAAAUUCAUGCUUUCGUGACACAGGAGGAAAGACAAAUCACCUCAGAGCACAAAAAUCAAUGUUCUUGAAUCUAGAUAUUGUUCAAUAUAAGUAUUGUCAAAACGUUGUUGUUUUUUUUUUUAGUCUCACUAUUCACAUUUCCUGUAAGUCUACUGUGUUCAUUGUAAAGCUGUUAAAGUACUUUGUUUUAAUUUUUAUUGUCUGACCAAAAGCAUUUACAAAGCAAAAAAUAAAUAAAAUAAUAAAGC